GCCGAGCCGGCUUCAGCGUCGCCGCCAUCUUUGUUGAUGUGUCAGCUCCGCGGGGGCCUGGGGGAAUCCGCGACUGCGGGAGUGAGGCGUCGGCUCUGCUUCUUACCGCGGUCUUUUCCUCCCACUCCUGGCUGGUCGGACCCCGUUAUGGAAAAGUUGGCCCCUGAACCAGAGCUCCAGCGGCCUCGUUAGGGUGUGGCCUGAGGCUUGGAGAAGUGGGAUGUAAACGAAGAUCAGGAGCAGAUUUGAAGUACAAAGUGAACUGGUAACAGUCAGCAUGUCAGAGACAGACCACGUAGCCUCUGUGUCCUCUGGUAAGAACGUUGGGAAAACAUCUGAAUUAAAGGAAGACUCAUGCAAUUUGUUUUUUGGCGAUGAAAGGAGCAAAUUAGAAAAUGAGUGCAAACUAAACUUUGAUAAAACUUUGUGUCAACCUAAUGAGCAUAAUAAUCCAAUUGAAGCCCAGGAAAUUUAUAUUCCAGAUCAUGGUGGAGGUGAGGAUUCUUAUGCCAAAACAGACAUAGGCCCAAAAAAUUCUGAACAAAUACCCAAUUUUCCUAGAGGAAAUUUUGCUAAACAAGUUUCAAAAACAAAUGAAACAGAACAGAAAGUAACACAAAUAUUGGUGGAAUUAAGGUCAUCUACAUUUCCAGAAUCAGCUAAUGAAAAGACUUAUUCAGAAAGCCCAUAUGAUACAGACUGCACCAAGAAACUUCUUUCUACAAUAAAGAGUGUUUCAACAUCAGAGGAUUUGCUGGAAGAAAUAGAAUCUGAGCUCUUAUCUACAGGGUUUGCAGAACAUCGAGUACCAAAUGGAAUGAAUAAGGGAGAACAUGCAUUAGUUCUCUUUGAAAAGUGUGUGCAAGAUAAAUAUUUGCAGCAGGAACGUACCAUAAAAAAGUUAAUUAAAGAAAAUAAGAAGCAUCAGGAGCUCAUCGUAGACAUUGGUUCAGAAAAAGACAAUUUAAGAGAAGAACUAAAAAAAAGAACAGAAACAGAGAAGCAGCAUAUGAACACAAUUAAACAGUUAGAAUCAAGAAUAGAAGAACUUAAUAAAGAAGUUAAAGCUUCCAAAGACAAACUAGUAGCUCAAGACAUUGCAGCUAAAAAUGCAGUUCAGCAAUUGCACAAAGAGAUGGCCCAACGGUUGGAACAGGCCAACAAGAAAUGUGAAGAGGCACGCCAAGAAAAAGAAGCAAUGGUAAUGAAGUAUGUAAGAGGUGAGAAGGAAUCUUUAGACCUUCGAAAGGAAAAAGAGACACUUGAGAAAAAACUUAGAGAUGCAAAUAAAGAAUUUGAGAAAAACACUAACAAAAUUAAGCAACUUUCUCAGGAGAAAGGACGGUUGCACCAGCUGUAUGAAACUAAGGAAGGUGAAACGACUAGACUCAUCAGAGAAAUAGACAAAUUAAAAGAAGACAUUAAUUCCCACAUCAUCAAAGUAAAAUGGGCACAAAACAAAUUAAAAGCUGAAAUGGAUUCACACAAGGAAACCAAAGAUAAACUCAAAGAAACAACAACAAAGUUAACACAAGCAAAGGAAGAAGCAGAUCAGAUACGAAAAAACUGUCAGGAUAUGAUAAAAACAUAUCAGGAGUCAGAAGAAAUUAAAUCAAAUGAGCUUGAUGCAAAGCUUAGAGUCACAAAAGGAGAACUUGAAAAACAAAUGCAAGAAAAAUCUGACCAGCUAGAGAUGCAUCAUGCCAAAAUAAAGGAACUAGAAGAUCUGAAGAGAACAUUUAAGGAGGGUAUGGAUGAGUUACGAACACUGAGAACAAAGGUGAAAUGUCUAGAAGAUGAACGAUUAAGAACAGAAGAUGAAUUAUCAAAAUACAAGGAAAUUAUUAAUCGCCAAAAAGCUGAAAUUCAGAAUUUAUUAGAUAAAGUGAAAAUUGUAGAUCAGCUGCAGGAGCAGCUUCAAAGAGGUAAACAAGAAAUUGAAAAUUUGAAGGAAGAAGUGGAAAGUCUUAAUUCUUUGAUUAAUGACCUGCAAAAAGACAUUGAAGGCAGCAGGAGAAGAGAAUCUGAACUACUACUGUUUACAGAAAGGCUCACUAGUAAGAAUGCACAGCUUCAGUCUGAAUCUAAUUCUUUGCAGUCACAAUUUGAUAAACUUUCCUGUAGUGAAAGUCAGUUACAAAGCCAGUGUGAACAAAUGCAACAGACAAAUAUUAAUUUGGAAAGUAGGUUGUUUAAAGAGGAAGAACUGCGAAAAAAGGAAGUCCAAACUCUGCAAGCUGAACUCACUUGUAGGCAAACAGAAGUGAAAGCAUUGAGUACCCAGGUAGAAGAAUUAAAAGAUGAGUUAGUAACUCAAAGACGUAAACAUGCCUCUAGUAUCAAGGAUCUUACCAAACAACUUCAGCAAGCACGAAGAAAGUUAGAUCAGGUUGAGAAUGGAAGCUAUGAUAAAGAAGUCAGCAGCAUGGGAAGUCGUUCCAGUUCAUCAGGGUCCCUGAAUGCUCGAAGCAGUGCAGAAGAUCGAUCUCCAGAAAAUACUGGGUCCUCAGUAGCUGUGGAUAACUUUCCACAAGUAGAUAAGACCAUGUUGAUUGAGAGGAUAGUUAGGCUGCAAAAAGCACAUGCCCGGAAAAAUGAAAAGAUAGAAUUUAUGGAGGACCACAUCAAACAACUGGUGGAAGAAAUUAGGAAAAAAACGAAAAUAAUUCAAAGUUAUAUUUUACGGGAAGAAUCAGGCACACUUUCUUCAGAGGCAUCUGAUUUUAACAAAGUUCAUUUAAGUAGACGAGGUGGCAUCAUGGCAUCUUUAUAUACAUCCCAUCCAGCAGACAGUGGAUUAACACUGGAGCUGUCUUUGGAGAUCAACCGAAAAUUACAGGCUGUUUUGGAGGAUACAUUACUAAAAAAUAUUACUUUGAAGGAAAAUCUGCAGACACUUGGAACAGAAAUAGAACGUCUUAUUAAGCACCAGCAUGAACUGGAACAGAGGACAAAGAAAACCUAAUACAAGCCUCUUGCUCAGUAGACAGACAAUUCACACAGGAGUAGAUGCCACUGACCACUAUUGUUGGAAACUCUCUUCCACUUUAUGUUUCAGCCAGUAAAAAUUUGUUUUGUUUCAUCUGUACACGAAAGUAUCCUUUUACAAUAUGAAUGUUUCUGUAUAUAUUGUAAGACUGAAAGCUUUGAUGAAAUUUGUUUUUGUAUGGUGCAAUAUAACAGCCUGUCAUUGAAUCUCAACAACUUAAUUUGCUUAUAUUCAUAUGAAGUGUUGAACAUUACAAGGGCUUUUAUAAAACCCUUUGUUCGUAUUUCUUCCCUUUAAAACAUAUGUCAAAAAUGACUCACCUUUUAAAAAUUAUUCAUGAAAAGACAGGUGGUAAGCAUUCAGUAAUAUGCUAUUUGUCCAACAUCAAGACAACUAAAAAAAAUGAUAAAAAUUUUUGUUUUGCAUUCUAGCAAAACACUGAGUGAGUUUUAGGGAUGCAUAUGAAAUCUUAAAUCUUUUAAUUUCAAUUUUAAUGAAAGCUGAACUUGAUAGGAAAACUAGCUGUUGGUAACUAGCAAUGAUCAGGCAUUGUUUGCCUCUGUCAGGUUUUCUUACCUAUUUGGGGUAUGUUUUUUCAGAUUCUGGUUGUUUGAGUUAAUGGUUGAAUUUUUAAAGUUUUUAAUUACUUAAAAUAUUAUUUUAAAUUAUAUAUUAAUUUAGAAAAUUCCUGUGGCAUUUACUUAUAUUUUAAAUUGUGAAAUGGAUUCAAUCAUUAGAACAGAGAGGUGAAUAGUUCUUUGAAACUGAAAUGCUUUAGUUUUACUGAUACUGUGUAAAGAUAAAUAUUUAUGAAGAACCAUUUUCUAAGAGAAACCAGCAUAUGGCGCUAUUAACUAUUUCAUUUGAGCACCAUUUUUGGCCAUUGAUAUAUUACUUAUGUAUUAUAAUGGAGUGACCAUACAGGUCCCCCAAAUGUGAUGUUUCAAUAUAUUUAUUUGAAACAUAAAGUCGGCCAGAUGAGAUAGCUCACACCUGUAAUCCCACCACUUGGGGAGGCCAAGGCAGAAAGAGCACUUGAGGCCAGGAGUUUAAGAACAGCCUGGGCAACAUAGCAAGACCCUCAUCUCUACAAAGAAAUUUUUAAAAAGUAUCCAGGCUUGGUGAUGCAUGCCUGUAGUUCCAGUUACGUGGGAGGCUGAGGUGGUAAGAUCACUUGAGCCCAGGAGGUCAAGGCUACAGGUGAGCCGUGGUCAUGCCACUGCACUCCAACAUGAGCAACAGAACAAGACCCUGUCUCUUAAAAGACCUCACACAUACCUAAAAUAAAUAUAUCUCUGUAACCAAAGGAACUUAAUUUUAAAGCCAAAUUUUUCUGUCUUGUUGGAUUUUUUACAAUAUUUAAGAAAUACACUCAAGCGUUGCUAUAGUAUCAAUAUUUCUACGUCAUUGAAUUUUUUCUCAUCCCUUAAUAUUUCUCACUUAUAAUUUCUGAGUAUGAUUUUUCAUAUUUUAUUUUCAGAUCAUUACUAUAAUAAGAUACUUUGGCUCUUGUGCAGAUAUUGCAGCAAGCCUUGUUUGGUUUAGAUUUUUGCUUUCGUUUUUCUCCCACUAAGGGAAUUAAGUUUUGAGAUGAUGGAUUAAAAGCCUGUGAAGAAUUGUAUGGGCUCUAAAAGUUGGGCUCAUGGUGGCAAUAUCAUUUUAAUGUGUUUUAACAUUUUUAAAUCAACUUAGCAUUGUUUAAAAAGAUAAUUACUAAGGAUUAGAUUAUUUAAUGAAUUUUUUUCCUAUAUAUUGAGUGAGAUGUUAUCCCAAAACCAGUAUCUUUUCACUUCAAAAUAAAAAUAUAUGUUCAAAGAUGUUUUAUUUUUAGAAUAGUUCUAAAAAGUAUUAAUCUUAACAUAAUGUGUCUUUUUUUUUAACCAAUAAUAAUUUAUCAAAAUGAGGGAAAGUGCAAUCAAAUCUGAAUUAUUUUACCACUUGUUUCUAGACAUACUACUUAAUACUCCUGAAGACUGCUUUGAGUAGGCAGUGUAACUAAAUUUUUCUAGUUUCUUAUGAUACAGGUUCAUAAAGUACAAUAUUUGUUUUUUUCCCCCAAGGCACAAAAUGUGUAAUGGAGACCAAAUUGUGAUCAGAUCCAUAGUGUCAUAUGCCUAUACACUUUAAAAUAUAUAUACAGUUUAAACAAAAAUGCACAUUCCAGUAUUAAUAUUUGUGCUACCAUCUACAAACAAUAUUUUGACCGUAUUACCUUUUUCCCUUUAAAUGUUAGAAACUAUGGACAUUUUUUGAAGAAAAUGCUUUAGUUUCCUUUUGUUCUUCAGUGUCUACUGUGUGCUUUUGUAUAUGGAUCAGGACUGAGCAAAGUAAUCUACAUAGAUCAGAGAUACUUAUCUCUGUACUGAUUCACAGACAGCUCCUGAUGUGAGGAUUUAGAGGGCCUUCUGUCUAAAUAUAUGGCGAGAAGAAUGGGCUGUCUGAAAAAGGAAAAUCAUCUGGAUAAAUCUGAGACCUGGUCGGGGGGGAGGUUUGUUUUAUAUGUUCAUUAUUAGUUGUACAUAUCAAAGGCUGUUUUGGUUAGUUAGCAAUAUUUUGGUUUCUUUGAGCUGGAAAUGAUUUUUUCUGUGUAUGUAUACACUUCAAUAGUUUUAAUUUUGAAGUGAAUACUUGCUGUGAUUCCCUUUUCCCCAUACCACUUCAGACAUUAGUCUGUUCAUUUUUAAGGGUCUUAAAAUGUAGAUUUGGGCAGAAGACUGAAUUUGAACUUUCAUGGUGGCUUUUUGUUUUUACUUUCUAUCUUCAUAACCAUUUAAAAUGAUGUAGCUUGAAAUCCAAUUUUAUCAGGCUACCAACAUGUUAUUUAUUUAUUUAAUAAACACAUUUAUUGAAAACCUGUACUAUUAUAUUGG